AUGAUACCAUCUUCCCAAAUCGACUUCAUCAACCAACAGACACCUCAUGUAUUGAAUCGAGAGGUAUUUGCCAAAUAUUCACAAGACAAUCGAAAGAAUAGAACCACUUUGGAUAUCGAAAAGGUGAACAUUGACAUUGAAAUUUGUAAUCACUCACCAGACCAGAAACAAAACUAUUUCAACGAAUUACUGUCUCGCUACACUGAAGGCUCUAACAAAUCACUUUCACUCGAAGAGCAUGUGUUAAAUGAAAUGGCAAAUUUUGGGAUCCAUACCGUCCUAUCGUAUUACGUUGGUAAACAAACUUAA